UUUCUUUUAUUUUAUUUUCCUUUCCUUUCAACUGAUCAAAACUGUUUGAGCUUUGAAAAUGGCAGCUUCCUGUGUUUACGAUGUCUUCUUGUCUUUCCGUGGCCUUGAUACUCGCAAGACAUUUACUGGCCACCUCUUGGCUGCUUUGGAUCAGCAUGGUUUUUACACAUUCAUGGGUGACACUAAACUCCCAAGAGGUGAAGAAGUUGGUCCUGAAUUGUUGAAAGCAAUUGAGGAAUCAAGGGUUUCCGUUAUUGUAUUCUCAAAAAACUACGCGUCCUCAAGAUGGUGCCUUGACGAGCUUGUCAAGAUCAUAGAUUGCAAGAGGACACUCCAUCAGAUUGUUAUUCCCGUCUUCUAUGACGUCCAACCUUCUGAUGUUCGAUCACAGAGCGGUUGUUAUGCAGAAGCGUUUGCCCGUCACGAAAACCGGUUAGACUUAAAAAGGGUGAAAAAUUGGAGGUCAGCUCUCGAAAAGGCUAGCAAUUUGUCCGGUUACGUCCUGCAAAAUGUGGCCAACGGGUACUUAAUUCUCUUUAUUCUCUUCAAAAAAGCAUUCUAACACAUUACCUGUUUGAUCAAUUAUUUAUUUUGAUUUUUACAUCUUACGUAGCUGAAGCGAUAAAGUGUUUUGGUUAUCUUUUUUAAAAAAAAAAAAAAAAAAAUCAUAAACGUGUACAUAAUAUAUAAAAAUGAUAUGGGCAACAUAAUACUAUACAAUGGGUGUAGGUGCUUUAUGAGUUUGAACCUUCACUUAGUAUAAUAGUUUUCAUUUGAAGAACCAGAAUGAACUAUGUCUUUAAUUCGGCCCUUUGAACCAAACUUCAACAUAUUACACAUAUAGUAUCGACGAGAGACUUCGGUCAAAUGGGGUAGCGCUAUUAAUGGCCACACACUGGUAUCUUGAUUCUCAUAAGAGUUACUAGAGAACAACCCAAUUCUCAUAGUCGCGGCCUCACGACGGCUCUCACUUAGGUGAAACCUCUAAGGGUAUAUGUGACCUAUACCCUGCGAGAGUGUGCCCGCCUUAGAAUCAUUUAGGGCAAAGCCCUUCCUUAACGCCACAUCACAACACUAAUGCGAUAGGGAUGAACAGAAGUGAAUCUCCUCAAGGAAACCUCCUAAU